AUGAAUGCGAAGAUAGGAAAAGAACAGUUCUUCAAACCUACCAUAGGGAAGUAUAGCUUACACGAAAUAACAAACGAUAAUGGUAUGAAACUAGUAGACCUUGCAACUGGCAAAGGAUUCAGGAUAAUGAGUACAAUGUUUCCCCAUAAAGAUAUACACAAAGGUACGUGGAGAUCACCAAAUGGACAACAUAUCAAUCAAAUUGACGAUAACCUAGUGAAUGAGAGAUUCACAAAUGCUAUCAACGACGUACGAGUAUAUAGAGUAGCGGACUGUAACUCAGACCACUACUUGGUAGUUGGGAAGUUCAAUAUCAAGCUAAAGGCGAGUCAACAAAUUGAUAACUCCAACUGUGUCAAAUAUGAAAUAACAAAGCUCGAGAAUGAAGAAAUGUGUAAAGCUUUUCAAACCGAAGUGAGGAGAUUAACACAACUAACAGAUAUUAAUGAGACUCAAAAUAUUGAAUCGCUUUGGGAGAUUAUAAAAAAAAUCAUUACAAAGACAUCAGAGGAAAUCAUCGGAAAUCAAAAAAUAAACCAUGGUUUAAUUCAGUGUGCGAAGAAGCAAUAA